AUGAAGGCUGAGUUGAACAGGUGGUUUUUAACCACAAAAAGAUGUUCAUGUUCCCACACCAAGGAGAGAGAGAAGAAAUACCUACGCAUCUCUUUGGGCAGAAGCGUAAUCCUUCCUUGGGACAAAAGCAGAUUGUUUUUCUUCCUCCUCUGCCUGUUUCCAAAGAUGGUGCCAGCCAUACAGUAUCCUAAAACCUUGCCCUGUGAUGUGAGUUUCAAUGUCUCGGAAGAUCUUCUGAUAGUGGACUGCAGAGACCGCCGUCUUGUCACAUUCCCAGAGGGUAUCCCUGCCAACACUACCAACCUGACGCUUUCCAUCAAUCACAUUGAGGACAUUAAGCCAGCUAACUUUGAGCACCUUGAGAACCUGGUGGAGGUUGACUUCAGGUGCAAUUGUAUGCCGUUCACAAUGGGGCCCAAGGAUCAUAUCUGCACCAAGAGUCUGAAUGUCCAACACGGGACUUUUGAAAAACUCACCCAUUUGAAAUCACUGUACUUGGAUGGAAACCAGCUCUCAGAAGUCCCCCGGGGCCUACCACAAAAUUUAAGUCUACUGAGUCUUGAAGCGAACCACAUCAUUGCCAUCAGCAAAGAAAGUCUGAAAGAACUUGGGAACAUAGAAAUUCUCCUUCUUGGGAAGAACUGUUAUUACCGCAAUAGUUGCAAUGUAACUUUUCAAAUUGACAACACUGCUUUCCAGGCCCUGAAAAAAUUAACAGUGCUGUCCUUAAAAGCCAAUAACUUAAGCAGUAUCCCACAGAACCUGCCACACAGUUUAAAGAAACUGUACAUUCAUGAUAAUCAGAUUCAAAAUGUCAGUCAGCAUGACCUAAACUAUCUUCAUAACUUGGAGGUUCUUGACUUAAGUGGCAACUGCCCUCGCUGCCACAACGCUCCAUACCCUUGUGAACCAUGCGCCAAUAACAAAAGUCUUCUCAUCAGUCCCACAGCUUUUGCCUCGUUGAAGCAAUUAAAAUUUCUGCGGCUACACAGCACUUCUCUUCACCAUGUGAAUCCUAAGUGGUUUGAAAAUACUAGAAAUCUAGAACGACUUGAUCUUUCACAAAAUUAUUUGGCUAAAGAAAUUGAAGAGGCCAAGUUUCUGAAUUUCCUUCCUAAUCUCCUAGAUCUAGAUUUAUCUUUCAAUUAUGAACUGCAAGAAUACCCUACAUAUUUGAAUCUGCCACGCACAUUUUCUAAUCUUACUAAGCUUAAAUACUUGAGACUAAGGGGUUAUGUUUUCAAAACACUGAACCUGGACACUGUGCAAUAUUUGAGAAAUCUCAUUAAUCUUACUGAGCUGGACUUUGGAACUAAUUUUAUUAGAAAUGCUGACUUUAAUAUGUUUAAAGACUUCCCAGCUCUUCAAAUCAUAAACCUUUCCUUCAAUAAAAUAUCUCCCUCUUCAGAAGGAUUCAGUGAGGUUCCGUUUUACUCUAGUCAUGUGCCUUUAUUUGGUCAAUACAAGGAGAUGCAUUAUUUUGUAUAUGAUGAAUAUAGUCGUAGCUGCAGCUCUAAAGACCGAGAGAUGUCUCCUUCCUUGCCACAUGGCACUGAACCUUCUUGUACUCAAUAUGGCAAAACACUGGAUUUAAGCAGAAAUAACAUGUUUUUUAUUAAUCCCUCUGAUUUCCAGAACUUUGCUUCUAUUAAGUGUCUUAACUUGUCGGGCAACGCCAUGAGUCAAACCUUACAUGGAAAAGAAUUCCGCUCUUUGUCUGGCUUGAAGUACCUGGAUUUCUCAAACAAUCGAAUUGAUUUGCUAUAUUCAAAUGCCUUUCAAGAGCUGAAAGAACUAGAAAUCCUAGACCUUAGUGAUAACAAGUACUAUUUUCAGGCGGAAGGUGUCACUCACAUGUUGAAUUUUACCAGUAAUUUGACUUCUUUGAAAAAGUUGAUCCUGAAUGGGAAUGAGAUUUUUACUUCUGAGGACAAAGGGAUGAAAAGCAGUUCCAUCCAAGAACUGGAAUUUAGAAAGAAUCGUUUGGACAUCUUGUGGAAGGCUGGAACUAAAAAAUACCUCUCAUUCUUCAAGGAGCUGAAGUGUCUGAAGAAUCUUGACAUCUCUGACAACUCCCUGAGUUAUUUACCUGAUGAAGUAUUUGAUGGCCUGCCUGAACAGCUCCAGCAGCUCAAUCUGAGCAAUAAUAAAUUGAAGACAUUUACAUGGUGGAAAUUUAAAGUUCUGAAGAACCUGACAAUCCUGGAUCUUAGGAACAACCUGUUGACUACUGUCCCCAGUGAGCUAUCCAACUGCUCUGGAGCUCUUCAAAACCUCACCCUGCAACACAACAGGAUCAAAAGGCUGGCCGAAAAUUUUCUCCGAGGUGCUUUCCAGCUGAGAUAUUUGGACCUCAGUUUUAAUAAGAUCAGAACAAUCAGGAACUCCAGCUUCCCACCAAAUGUGAUCAACAAACUAAACAUACUACUUCUAAAUGGCAAUCCUUUCAAAUGUGAUUGUGAUAUUGUGUGGCUGGCUUGGUGGAUGAACAGAACUAAAGUGACUAUUCCACGGCUGGCAACAGAUGUGACUUGUACAGGCCCAGGUGCAUGGAAAGGUAAAGGUGUGGUUUUAUUAAAUUUGGAUACCUGUGAACUGGACUACUCCCAAAUCCUGUACUGUGCAUCAGCCUCCAUAAUUAUGUCUCUGAUGAUGUUCACACUUACCAGCCACCUUUAUUUCUGGGAUGUGUGGUAUAUCUACCAUUUCUGCACAGCCAAGCUAAAAGGAUAUAAGCGAUUAUCCUCAAAAGUUUGGUAUGAUGCUUUUGUUGCUUAUGAUAUAAAAGAUGCAGCUGUAAAUGAAUGGGUCCUGAAAGAAUUGGUUGAAAAACUAGAAAAUGAGGAAGAGAAACAAUUCAAUUUGUGCUUGGAAGAAAGAGACUGGCUACCAGGACAGCCAGUUUUGGAUAACCUUUCUGAGAGCAUAGAAAUGAGCAGAAAAACUAUAUUUGUGCUGACAAACAGGUACAUUGCUUGUGGCAACUUCAGAACAGCCUUUUACCUGGCACACCAACGGCUCAUGGAUGAAAAGGUAGAUGUAAUCAUCUUGAUAUUUCUUGAAAAGGUUUUACAAAAGUCAAAAUAUCUCCGUCUCCGGAAGCGACUGUGUAGUAGGUCUGUACUUGAAUGGCCUACCAAUCCUCAGUCUCAGUGUUAUUUCUGGCAUUGCCUGAAAAAUGCAUUAGCAGUAAACAAUGAUGUGAGCUAUAACAUUUUGUUUAAAGAAAUAGUAUAG